CACGUACAACACUGCUCAUCACGCAUCGGCUCUUCACAUAUUUGUACAAGUCCCGCGUUCCGUUUAUUUUUGUACACAUGCCUUGGUGCAUCGGGUCUCUUCCUCGCUCGCUACAUGCGCUCUCUGUGAUUCUUAUAUCACCUCGUUCAAGUGCCCCUGUUUGUUAAUUACCCGUUUUUGUGAUGUACAUAGGUGGACCUCCGCAUAGCACCUUGUUUUAAUUUCUGCCUUGGUCGGGAACGAUUUAGGACUCAAUAAUAGAGCUUCAUAUUUCCACUACUUGGCGACACGCGAAUCGGCUAACGGCAUGGCCUCCGUCGAUCCUCCCAUCCGUUCAGUCCCUAAUCCUGCGGAGCGUCCCGUGACCUCGUUGACCGGUGUCGAUGCCGCGUUAGAGUCACACCCCCCUUCAGAAUCACGCUUAGCAAACCAACGCCUCCCUUUAGAAUCACCCACACGGGACGACGACGACGUGUGUCCCAUCUGUCUGACCUCCUUCGCAGACUCGCGAUUGCACCCCUCGCAGCUGAGCGCGAACGCUGAAGUGGCAGGGCACCCCUCGCAACGCUGCUCGGACGAAGGGCCAAUAGCGCAACGAAGACGAUCCGUGAUAGGUGAAUCUGAACUAGGCGGGGGAAACAGGACGCUUCCCCCUUCCGCUGCUUCUCCUUCCGCCUCUUCGCGAGUGGGAACCCUAUCGCCAGUCGUCGCCCUGUCGCCCUGCCUGCACCGCUUCUGCCUGCCGUGCAUCCGCCAAUGGAGCACCACCAGCCGCUCCUGCCCCCUCUGCAAAUGCACCUUCUCAGGCUGGUGGCUGCCCCCCCCUGCUGCUGCUGCUGCUGCUGCUGCUGCUGCUACUAACCGUGAUGCCGACAAUGGUGACAAUGGAGAGUGUGUUACUAACGAGCCGGAACAGGGAGCCAUGGAAUCGCGCGGUGUGCUUCACUCCCUGCCGCCACUCCAGAUGCCGCAAGAUGGGGGGGGCAGCAGCGGUUGGUGGUGGGAGAGGGAGGAGAGGGAGGACGGGCAGGUGAGAGAGGAAGGGGAGGAGAGGGAAGAGAUAGGCGAGGGAAUGGAUGGGACGGCAGGCAGGAGGUCAUUGUUCGUUCGCUCAAGUGUGAGUACAUCUACAGUGACUCCCGCUAGAGUCACAUUCAGUGAGGGGUUGGAUGCCCGGCUAAGGGAAGAAGCGGUUAGCAGAGGGGUUCCGGAAUGGGUGCUGCUCCCUGAUUGGUCGGCUGGGAACGACAGGCAGCAGGGGCAGGAGCGGCAGCAUGGGCAGCAGAGGGAGCAGGGGAGGCCGGCAGGAGCAUUUCAGGGGAGCGAGCAACAGGGGAGCCAAGGGGGGGGCAGUCAGGCCCAGGGGAAUGAGCAACAGGGGAGCGGGAGGUGGAACAUGCAUCGUCGACGAGCGAGAGAACGGAGAGCAAGGCAACGACAGCAGCAGCAGCAGCACCACCACCACCAGCAGCAGCAGCACCACCACCACCAGCAGCAGCAGCACCAGCAGCAGCAGCAGAGGUGUGCACAGCACAGGCGGCAGCAGAUCCGCAGGCACCAUGCGCAGCAGCUCUCCCCGUACUCUCUCAGGGUGCAGAGGCACAUGCAGUCGAAUUACCAAUAGUCAGAACCACCAGCAGCAGCAGCAGCAGCAGCAGCAAAAUCACGGUCUGCGAUGGAAGAGCUGAAUUGCAGCAGCUCUCUCCAUACUCCCUCAGCAUGCAGAGAAAGAUGCAGUCCAUUUAUCAAAGGUCAGAAGAACCAGCAGCAGAAGAAACAUGCAGAUAGAGGCAAAACGUGCAGCAGAGAAACAUGCAGCAGUUCUUUCCACACUCCCUCAGCAUGCAGAGGAACAUGCAGUCUACACAUCAGUCGUCGCAUUGCACUAUCAGUGUCACCAGCAUCAGCAGGAUCAUCAGCAUCAGCAACAUCAGGAGCUGUCAGCAGCAUCAGUAGCAUCAGAACCAUGGUCAAGGCUGCAAUGUAUGAAGCAGCACAUGCAGUUUGGUUAACUGUCUUUGGCAUCGCUGCAUCACCAGCAUCACCAAUGUGGGCUGUACAUACUGUAUGUGGUUUUCGUUGGAUCAUUGGCAGACAACCUUCCAGCUGUGGCUUCUUGGUGCAUUGUUCUGGCUUUCAAAGGCAUUUUGCCGGUAGACCCAUA